AAACAACAUGCCUGGUUCAUGCACCGUUCGCCGGACUGCAACCAGCAAAUGACCAUAAACUCGAAAUGUUACGAACUUGAACACAAUUCGCCGUACGGUCCGUCGGCAGUAGUCCGCAGCGUUAUCGCAGCAGAUCCUAGGAAACAGUCUGCCGUUGUAGGGGAGCUGAUGCCUGUCCUUUCGCUUUCGGUGCUUCCGUGAACCUUCUCUGCAGCAGUCAUGGCAUCCAGGUGAUUCUAACGGAAAGAUGUCGGCCCACGCCAGGCUGCAAAGUCAAAACUGAGACGCGCAGAUAUAUAAGGCGCGAUCCUGGACGGGAUAUCACUUAUCAGACCCUUGAGAUACCCCCAACCUGAGCGAUACGGCUAGUUGAACAAUGAGUUUCAAAGACCGGAAGGGUACAUUUUCUUUUGACGAAGCUACGGCCGGAAGAGGCAUCCUCCCGCAAUUGAAUGAAUGGGCCAACGGUCCAAUGGUUCAAUUUCAGGUGGAGCGCAUUGGGGGACAAGAUCACGUUCCGGAUUUCAAGGCAACGCCAAUCUACAAUGGAGAAGUAUUGGAAGAUUGUAUUUGUGUCGGCCCAUCUAAGAAGAAGGCAAUCGAGAGGGCAGAGGCUGCAGUUAUUGAAACUGGUCGACAAACGAGGGCCACAUUGACAUGGAAGGUCGUACGCACCGGGGGAGAAGCACACAGGCCAUCAUUCACCGCCUACCCCAUCUGGAACGACGAACACCUGACCGAAUACACGGGCAUCGCCAAUUCUAAAAAGGAGGCGAUGGAGGAUGCCGCCGCUGCCAUGGCCGCUAGCGGACAUUGCUGAGAUGAACUUGAGCCGUUCUACUCUUGUCAUCUGCGAAAUCUGGACCGUUUGGAAGUAAGUAGUCAAGCGAUGGUAGUCCCGAUACGAAAUGUAGUUGCAGUCGUUGCAUCUAUACACCUGGAAUAAUGGUCGAUGUUUUGC